UGACAUCAUAGAACCUUCAAAGCAAUGUUCUAGAAAAGCAGGUACAGAGUGUCAGUUUAGAUUUAUAGUCAAAACCGGACCAUCAAUACCAGUUGAGGCGGGCCUUCAAGCCAACUGUAGAGGUGUAACUUCCAGAAUGAGGGCUGUAAGCUUCGCCAAAGGCCUAACCUUUUGGUUUGAAUGCAGUUAAAUUUGGAAGGUCUUAAAGUAUAGCAAAAUAAUUCAUGUUUCAAAAUAAGACUUUUAAACAGUUUUCAAUCACUUGCCUUGGAUAUACACAAAAGAGCUGCGAGGAAUAGAAUGUAUCUCAGCACUCCUCGAAUUCAUCACUGCUGCAAAAUACUUUUUUUAAUUUGAUGAAAUAAUAAUAUUGUGCUCAGGGAUGUACACAGCUGUUGGAGAGGAAAAAAACAAAUUUGUGCAGAGCUAGUUAUGAUGGGAAGCAAUAAUGACUUACAAGGUGCUUUAUCCAUGCCUGGGAGAUCUCCAAAGUACAAAGCUGCUUCUAGAAAGAAAAAAGAAAAACUCCACUGGCCUCAGCAAGAGCUUUCCAAGAAAACAGUAUUGAGUCCUGAAGAACACCAGUCAAUCCUUAAAAAUGAAAACAACAGCACUCAGCACAUAUCCCGGCCUCGAAUUCUUAAGGACACAUUCACCACAGGGACUAGUAGUUAUAAUGUCAUCUUGCAGAGCAAAGAGGAGAAAAAGCACCUUUUCCAGAAGCAUCCAUCAACUUGCUACAAAAGACUGCGGAAAUCCACAAAACCAAUUAGUGGUUCCCGGAGCAAUGAACGUCACAAGGCCCCUGUGCCUUUAUUCAGAAAUGGGUGGUGUUGCCUCAAUAAACAGGCUUCUCUUUUUAUCACCAGCCCAGUACCUAGCAGUGUCAAGUUAACGCACAGCAUUUCUGUGGCAGGAAGCAGCAUAGGAUUGCAAAGUCAAGCCAAAACCAAGGCGAAAAGGCAUUCCUUCACCAACCUGACGAAGCCAAAGCCGUUGCAGAUGUCCAAAAGCUGUUUAAAAGAAGGAGACCCAGCUGGAAGGAAGUUCUGUAUUCUCACUGCCAUCAAGCCUUCCAAUGUGGAGAGGGAGAAGAUGAAGUUUUUCAGUUCAGAUUUUAUCUACAACCCCCAGUUUGAGUAUGCAAGUUCUACUCUGUCAAAUGUGCUAGCAAAGUACAGUCAAGCAUCUAACAGAUUUCUGAAGCAGGCCAUCAAUAUUAUGGAACUGACUUUGGAAAAAUAUGGAAGCUAUGAAAAUUUUGAGCAAGCUACUGGAGGAAGCCUGCUGCCCAGAAGUCGUAUCUGGAAUCAUGUCCGGAAAUAUAUGGUGAAAGAAGGCUGCCUCGGCGAGAUUGCAGUUCAUCUCUCUGAAGACUUGCUUUCUCGGGCCUCAAUGACAGUGGUGAAUGGCCGCCCUACUCUUACUAUCAAUGUUUCCACUGCACGAGAGCAUUGGUUGGAAGGAAUGCUGAGGCAUGAAAUAGGAACUCAUUAUCUGAGAGGCAUUAACAACAAUAGCCAGCUGUGGAGCAACUGGAAUGGACGUAAAAAGCAUGGGUUAAAACCAAUUAACCCCACUGAGGAAGGCCUGGCAAGCCUCCACAGUGUUCUUUUUCGAAAGGAUCCAUUCUUAUGGAGGGCUGCCCUCCUGUAUUACACUGUCUAUCAAGCCAGUCAAAUGUCCUUCCGGGAGUUGUUUCGGGAUAUCGGUAAAUUUGUCACGGACCCCAAUACAAGGUGGGACUAUUGUGUUCGAGCCAAGAGGGGCUGGACUGACACUUCCCAACCCGGUUGCUUCAGUAAAGAUCAGGUCUACUUGGAUGGCAUCCUUCGGAUUCUGAGAUACCGACAUUCCAUUGAUUUCUACUUACUCACAGCUCUAGGCAAGGUUUCCUAUGAAGAUGUUGAUCGGCUGAGGACUUUAGGGAUCACUGAAAACAUGAGGGUGCCACACUUUUUGCAUGACUAUGGCCGGUACAUGGAACAUUUGGAAAAGAUCAUGGAAGUCAAUGAGCUGUCCGAUACUGAGCUUCAGGAUCUUGUGCCCUAAGCCAGCCGCUCUUUGAUUCAUCCCCUCUUUGCUUUUUUUUUUUUUUGAACUCUGGGAUAUGUGCACUAACCUAUUUUUAUGCCUCUCAAAAUGCACAUUAUUUAGAUCUGCUUCUUUUGUUUUGCUUUUAAGAAAGAAAAAAACUGGGCUCCAAAGUCACUUUCUUUCAGGUUUCUUAUAAGCUAAUUUGCACCCUUCUCUCAGGGUAUACGAGAUGUACAUUUACUGUCUUAAAUUAUAGCUGGAACAAAGUCAUAUCCUUUAAGAAUUCCUUUGUGUAGAUUCUUCUACAUUAUCCUUUACAGAAUCAUUUUUUAAUUGGUUCAUUCAAGGCAUAUAGCUAUUUCUAUUUAAGUAUUUAAUGUUUUUAUUUUUUAGAUGUUCUAAUUUUUAAAUCUCAUUGGCUCGUUUGUUGAGUGCAUUACUCAGCAAUAUUUCAACAGUUUUCAAAAAGUCAAAAAACUUCUAUAUAUUUGUUGUGUCAGCCAUCCUUAAUGCUGUGUUGUGUACCCUGCUUUCUUCCCUGGAUAAUAUAUUCAUGGAUAUGUAUUUCCUACUCUUAUAUGGAGCUUGCUGUUCUUCACUACUUGGUUCUUUUCAUGUGUUAAUAUUUUAGAUUAGGUACUUCACAUCAGAGCUGAUAUAUCACGGGGGGUAAUGUUAUUCAGAGAUCAGUAAACUAUGUACAAAUAUAAUCUUCUGAAGUAGGCCUUCUGAGACUCAAAGAAAUGUGUCCUUUUUAUCUGAGGGAACACCAGGUCACUACUGCAUACUAGAAAGUUCAGGGAAGCUUGGAUCCUUUUCUUUGCCACCAUGGUCAUAGAACUUCCUGCCUUGGAAAACUCUGGUUGGAUUGUUCCAGAAUUCAUUAAUUGUAUGCCUCCAAAAGGCCGUAGUCUUCACAAUAACAAAGGAUCUCCUGGCAAUGUCAAUGUAAUGCUUUUUCCACUUUUAUUUUAUUAAGGAGGAGAGAGGUAGGUGAAACAGCAAUCAACAAAAAUGCUUUUGCCAGAGUUCAUGAUAUUCUCUCAGAUAGUGUCAUAAAAACAUUUCCCCGCGUUGCAUAAUACAGUAGAGUCUCACUUAUCCAAGCUAAACGGGCCGGCAGAACCUUGGAUAAGCAAAUAUCUUGGAUAAUAAGGAAGUAUUAAGGAAAAGCCUAUUAAACAUCAAAUUAGGUUAUGAUUUUACAAAUUAAGCACCAAAACAUCAUGUUAGACAACAAAUAUGACAGAAAAAGUAGUUCAAUACGCAGUAAUGUUAUGUUGUAAUUACUGUAUUUACGAAUUUAGCACCAAAAUAUCACGAUGUACAGUAGAGUCUCACUUAUCCAACAUAAACAGGCCAGCAGAAUGUUGGAUAAGCGAAUAUGUUGGAUAAUAAGGAGGCAUUAAGGAAAAGCCUAUUAAACAUCAAAUUAGGUUAUGAUUUUACAAAUUAAGCACCAAAACAUCAUGUUAGACAACAAAUUUGGCAGAAAAAGUAGUUCAAUACGCAGUAAUGCUAUGUAGUAAUUACAGUAUUUACAAAUUUAGCACCAAAAUAUCAUGAUAUAUUGAAAACAUUGACUACAAAAAUGCGUUGGAUAAUCCAGAACGUUGGAUAAGCGAGUGUUGGAUAAGUGAGACUCUACUGUAUUGAAAACAUUGACGACAAAAAUGCCUUGGAUAAUCCAGAACCUUGGAUAAGCGAGUCUUGGAUAAGUGAGACUCUACUGUAAUUUCGGGGUACUUAAUUCCAGUAAAAGGCACUUUGUUUCUUCUUGUAUUUUUUAAAUUAUGUAAGAGGGGUCCAAACAAAGAAAGAAGAUGAGAAUUAGAAUCAGAUUUCAGGACGUGAGUUUUUUUAAGUCUCAGGUCCUUACAAAUUUGUGCUGUAGAAGCCCCACUUUGUUCUAUUACCAUAUUUAUUUGUGUCAGAUGCUCACCCUUUUUUGACUAAAUUACAUUAUCAAAUUGAGAAGCAUAUUAAGAUUCAAUGAUGUGUUAGACUCACGCAUAUAACUUGCGUUAAAGGGCCCGGAGAGACACAGAAGCUAAACAGGAAGGUGGGAUGUAAGGAAGCUAUUAACCGUGGUGGCCUCAGGGAAGGAGGUGUAACACUUAGUUGGUUACCUAGUCAUUCCUGCUACUUAGCUGUGGAGGGGCCGCAAGGCCUUCAGACCCCUCAGGCCAAAGGAGCAGUAAGCACUGCUCUCACUGUGUUGUCGACAUCACAGCCCUGUUUCACCAUUGCAUCACUACUAGCUACUUUCAGUGGGACAAUGGAUUCUAUGAACAGAAAGAUGGAGUGGUCAUGGGGAGCCCUCUCAGCCCAGUAGUAGCAAAUUUCUAUAUGGAACACUUUGAAAAACAAGCCCUGGAAACAGCACUAAAAAAGCCAACUGUUUGGUUCAGAUACGUAGAUGACACCUUCACAAUUUGGAGCCAUGGAGAGGAAGAACUCAGCGGGUUCCUGGACCACCUUAACAGCAUCCACCCAAACAUCCAAUUCACCAUGGAAAAGGAAAAGGAAGGAAAACUGCAAUUUCUAGAUGUUCUGGUCAUCUGCAAACCCAAUCAACAAUUGGACCACACAGUUUACAGAAAACCUACACACACAGAUAGAUACCUUCAUAAAAACUCCAAACAUCGCCCAAGUCAAAAAAGAAGCACAAUCAAAGCCCUGACAGACCGUGCACAAAGAAUCUGUGAACCUCACCUCCUCCAAGGUGAACUAAACCACCUAAACUGGGCUCUACAGGCCAAUGAAUACUCCACCACAGACAUCAGAAGAGCUGCAAGGCCAAGAACAAGCCAUGAGACUCAAGACAAAGAUCCACCCAGAGGAAAGAUGUUCUUACCAUACAUCAAGGGAGCCACUAACCGCAUAGGCAAACUGAUGAAGAAGCACAACCUACAAACCAUCUACAGACCCACAAAGAAAAUCCAACAAAUGCUAUGGUCAGCAAAAGACAAGAGGGUUCCUCUCUCCUCUGCAGGAGUCUACCGUAUACCAUGCAGCUGUGGACACGUCUACAUAGCGACCACCAAACGCAGUGCCCAAACACGAGUCAAAGAACAUGAAAGGCACUGCAGACUAACUCAACCAGAGAAAUCAGCCAUAGCAGAGCACCUGAUAAACCAACCUGGACACAGUAUAUUAUUUGAGAACACAGAAAUGCUUGACCACUCCAACAACUAUCAUGUCUGAGUACACAGAGAAGCCAUUGAAAUUCACAAACAUGUAGACAAUUUCAACAGAAAGGAGGAAACCAUGAAAAUAAACAAAAUCUGGCUACCAGUAUUAAAAAACUCUAAAAUCAGAACAGUAAAUAAGAAGCAACACUCUGAGACAUGGGAACGAGGGGCAGUUAACAAAGAAUGCCCCCAGGCAGGAAGUAACUAGCAGAUGUAGCCAUUCAAUGCAAAUUAGGGUGAUUAACUGGAACAUUUACGCUGGCAAGAGUUCUUCCCUCACCCUGGACUUCUCACAGAUAGUUUUUCCAUACCUCACAAUCUCUGAGGAUGCCUGUCAUAGAUGUGGGUGAAACGUCAGGAGAGAAUACUUCUAAAACAUGGCCAUACAGCCCGGAAAACAUACAACAACCCAUUGCUCUCACUGCCUCCCUCUGGCCAGGGCUCGGCCAUGCAUUCUGCCUCCCAGGCAACCCUUGGGGUGUCUUACUCAUCCAUCCCUGAGGCUCAGCCACGCGCCAUUCCCAAAUGGUCUCAUUCAUGAGGCCUUCAAAACUGAAGGGGCUGGGUAUGUUUGAAGGUCUCGUGAAUGAGGCCAGUUGGGAACAGGGCAAGGGAUGAGGAAUUCGCCAGCCUUGGCUGGACAGAUGAAUGCUGCUUCCCAGAUGGCCUCAUUCAUGCUGCCUGUCUCCCUGAUGCACAUUGCCUGCACUGUUGGGCACAUUACAUUUGAUGGCAAAUCCAUUUUUUGUAAUGUGUACCAUCAAAAUUCAAUGAUAUAUACACUCAAGUAAAUACGGGUAUAUACAUUCUUUAUUAACUAAUGUAAGUUAUGCAUGGUGAUGCCAUGAAAUGAAUGUACAUUUACUUUUCUCAGUACAGAUGUAUCUUUCUUUGUAGUGGCCCUAACUUAUUUGCUAAACAGUUUUCCGUCUAGAGGUAGUUGACUGUGAUUUCAUUGCUAAUGGAUGUUCCUUUCCCAACCAGUAGCUCACUAGUCUAGGUAUUCCUGAACCACUCUGUCUAUUUUUCAUUUUCUUCACAUACCAACACUUUCUUGUUUUGAUCUGGACAUCUGCCUUUCUUCACCAUGAAACCGAUUGGGAAUAUAAACUGUGUCUGGAGUAAGAUCCAGGCAUGUGACCACCAUUCAGGAAGAGCCCACAGCAACUGAAGGGUUUAUGCCUUGUCAGAAACAUGUUUUAUUUUCUAUUAGGAUUUUGAUAUUAUAUAGUCACCACAAGGCAGAACCUGUUUCUCUUCUACAUUUUCAGAUUGCUCAAAUAGCAAUUUCAAUGAUGUUGAAUAGUUUAUUUUUAAAAACCUCUAGUUUUAAUUGUACACAGAAUCCCAUGAGAGUUUUAGAAUUAAAUCCACAGCCUUCCCUACCAUACUAUUUAUCUAGGGUUUUUUUUUUUAAAAAAAACUUGUGUUUAUUAAUCCAUUCAAGUAUAACUGCAAUGAAUUCAAGUAUAACUUAAACAUACCCAUAAAAUGCAUUCAGGCACAAUGAUCAUUCCAGUUUGGAAAUUAAAAGUAGAUUUGUGGUGUCUAGAAGCUUGUAAUAAAGAUUAUCUGACUAGAAGAUACUGAAAAUUUUGAAUAACUCACAAAACUGAAUGCCUAAAAAUGGCAUUGCGUAAAUGGAGUGAUAAAUUGAAAAUAGCAUUCCACAGAAUACCUAACAAAACUUGGACCAAUAAAAUAGCCUUAAUUUUCUAUUCUUAAUUAACACUUUAUUUACGGAAAAUUGUGGGAUACACUCCUGAAUGCACAGAAUUAAACUGGGAGCCUUUUAAAAUGUCUGAAUCAACUGUUGAAUUCUCCGUUUUGAACAUACAGACAUUCUUUAAAUUGAUCACUUCUGAUUUUGCAUAUUUUGAUCCAGUUCCACUAAUUUGCAUGAACACUUUGUCACUAUGCUGUAAAUAAAAAAACACCAACAGCCUAAACAGUGUGAAGAAGAAAGCUAAAGCAGCAUUGUACGUGUCUUUGGUUCAGUAUUUGAUACUAUUUAAUAGACAAUAGAUUGGAGGGUUGCAUUACAGAGUAUCUGUGUGAUAUAUGAAAAAAUAAUAUCUCAGGUCUUACUGUAGCACAAACUGCUGCUUAGCGACUUCCUCUACUCUGUAUUCUCUCCCUUUUCUAAUCUGCUGCUUCAGUCCUUUGAGAUUGUACUGCCAGAAACCGACAGGUCAAGGGGAGAUUGGCAGAGAUCUUUAUUCAUAAUCACACAGGAAAAUAUGGUAGAAUAUUGAUACAAACUGAUACAUUACCCCACCCGUGUCUUAUUACGAAGGCGGCUGAAAAAAGGUGUAACCUUGGGUGGCCCAAUCACUGUAGUACCUAAAUCAUACCUUUCUACAUCUCUUAGGUAAAAUAAUAAUUUAUUCUUAGGAGACUACAGUUGGGAACAAUGGAUUUGCAUCAAGACAGCUUUAAGCCCAGGGAUGAGAAUCACACAACCUUUCAAAUGUUUUUGGAUUUUCGCUCCCGGCAUUCCUCACUACUGGCUUUUCAGACUAGUGAUUGGAGUAACGUUCAAACCAAAACUGGAGAGUCAAAAGAUUCCCAGCCCUGAUUACGAUAAAUGUGUCAAUGUAUGAACACUUUUAUCCAAAGGCCAUGCAUCAUUAACUAAAAGAAUCUGCCUUUAUUUAUUUACUUACUUACUUGAUAUUUUCAUUACUUCAUUUUUCUCAAGGUAUCGCCAGUUGUCUUAAUGAUUGAUUUGCCUUGACUUGAUUUUUUUAGCUUUGUGAAUAUCAUCAAACCAUAAUUAUCUGUAUUUUCGUCAGUUAAAUGGUUCCUCUAUAUUACUCCAUACCUAUCAAAUUCUUAGUUCCAAAAAGCCAUGCAUUUAUUUUUAUACAUUCAUGUCUUGCAUGAGACUGCUUUUUCACAGUAUGAUACUAAAGUCUUUUUACUGUACUUGUGGUCAUGUACUCCUCUUUGUGAUAGGACUAGAAGUUGUGAUAUAGUAUUCUUUAAAUCCAGCCUUAUUUGCUUUGCUCUGUUGUUGUAAACCUAAUAGUUGUCUGGUUUUCUAUCAAGGAUUUAUUUAUUUAUUUAUUUACAGCAUUUAUAUUCCGCCCUUCUCACCCCGAAGGGGACUCAGGGCAGAUCACAUUACACAUAUAAGGCAAACAUUCAAUGCCUUUAACAUAGAACAAGGACAAGACAAACAUAGGCUCCGAGCUGGCCUUGAACUCACGACCUCUUGGUCACAGUAGUUUGUUACAGCAGGCUGCAGCUGGCUGGUUGCUCACCAGCCUGCGCCACAGCCCGGGAUUUUGACUCUAAAUUAGGUGCCAUUUACAUUUGUAAUAGUCACAUUACAUUAUUCUAGCACACAAGUAUAGUUCAGUACAUGUUGAGAUUCUGAUAGUUAUAUAGUACAUGUCAUUCAGCCAGCUAUUUGUUAGAACCAGCUUUGUUCUAUUUUUACAUAAAUGCUGUAGAUAGGUAAUGGUGGUUUUGUAAACUGUUUUGGAUUAUAUAUAUAUUGACAAACAUGUUAUAAAGUUAAAGUAAACAACAUAUUUCAAAGUAAAAGGUUGAAAGGUAGCAUAGGUCUGCCCAGAAAGUCUUGUGAUGGUUAUAUAUGGCUGAUAAGAAAUCUUGAGUGUUUUUAUAGAGCUGUAGUCACUUUCAGUAAAAGAGUGAUUUAGUUUGAGGAGUAACAAGAUACUGCCAGCUUGAGGAACAUUCAGCCCAAGACUCCACAAUUAACUAGAGCCUUCACAAGUUACUUUUUAUACUAGAUGUUCCAGUGCCACUGCAUGACACAUGGAAACUAACUUUUCUAAACCCUUAACAGAAACAUUCUAAGAUAUCUCAUCCUCAUCCUGAUGUUUCAGAGCAAAUGUGCCUAAUGGCCAUUCUGUCCAUUAACUGACAAUUGUAAUAAACACUUCCAUGAAUA